CCAUGGAGACUCCCGUUCAUUUCGCUCGCGUUGGGAACGACACCACCUGCGACUCUAAACUUUCGCUUCUUUUGAAACCCGGAAGCGGUGCUGCGAUUGGCUGAUUCUUUCAUGAGUUUACUUGAAGCCGGAAGUUUCGUGAUUGUUGGAGCGGAGAUAACAAAGAGCGCGUGUAUCUGAAUAGUUGCCGGUGGUCCCAGAGUCUUCUGGGCUCAAAUGAAACAUGUUGUAAUUUACAGUUUGUAACUUUACAGUUCCAGGGACAUACUAGUGGAAUAGCUAAGAGGACAAGCCCGCGCUGUCAGCCAUGGCUAUCGCACACGUCGCCACGGAAUACGUCUUCUCAGACUUUCUGCUGAAAGAGUCGGCAGAAGCCGCGAGGUACAAAGGAAUCCGUUUGGAACUCGCGCUGGACAAGAUGGUGACGUGCAUCGCGGUGGGGCUGCCGCUCGUGCUCAUCUCUCUGGCCUUCGCGCAGGAGGUGUCUGUCGGAACACAGAUCAGCUGUUUCUCCCCCUCUACCUUCUCGUGGCGCCAGGCGAUGUAUGUCGACGCCUACUGCUGGGCCGCCGUGCAGAAACACCACCUGACCGACGGAGAUGAGAGAGGGUUACCCCUGUGGCUACACAAGUUCUUCCCCUAUAUCCUGCUCCUAGUUGCUGUGUGUGUUUACACUCCUGCGUUGUUUUGGCACAUGGCUGUGGCUCCGCCCCUCUACUCUGACAUCACCUUCAUCCUGCAAGAAUUCGACCAAUCAUACAACAGGGCCAUCAACCUGGCCACCCGAUUGGCCAGUUCACAGUCUGACACUCAUGGGUCAGUGCUGGACCUGACGGACAGCUGGUUCAAGUACCCCCUGGUGGAACAGUACCUGUUGACCAAGCGUGGUUCUCGAUCGCUGAUGUUCCGGUACCUUCUGUGUCGCGUUCUCACGCUGGGGGUUCUGCUGAUGGCCGUUCUCUACCUGAGCUACUACAUACGACUGGCAGCAGAGACGGAUGAGUUUGCCUGUAGUAUCCGCAGCGGGCUCUUGAAGAAUUCCUCAGACGUUCCGGCUGCGUUCCCGUGUAAGCUGGUGGCGGUGGGGAUCUUCCAGCUGCUGAGCGUCAUCAACGUGUGUGUGUACGGCGUGCUGAUGCCCGUGUGUGUGUACUCCACCCUCGUGCCCCUGCGCCACACACACACGCGCGACUUCCUGUCCCCGUUCCAGCUGCUGCCCACGCUCGAGGUCAUGAACUUUGACCCCGCCUGGGAUGACCUCAGCCUUUUCCUGCUGCUCCUGGAGGCCAACAUCAACCAACUCAAGUCCUACAAGUGCCUCAAGGUGCUGGAGAUGUUGAAGAGGAGGAACGAACAGUGUGAUAUCAUGCUGGUGCUCCAGAAUCUGGGUCAGGUGAAGAGUGACAUCACCGACGGAAAACGAGCCGCCGCCAUGGCAACCGCCACCAGCCACGCCCACAACAACACAGAGAUGAAAGAUGUCUCUCCUCUGUUGUCGUCAGCGGCUGGGGAUUCGGUGCGGCAGCGAGCCAUCUGAUUGACAGUUUCCAUAGUGAUGGGCUGCAGCUCGUGUGUGAGAGAGUGUGUGAGUCUGUGAGUGUGUGUGUGUGUGUGUGAGGUGUGUGUGUGAGAGAGAGAGAGAGUGUGUGUGUGUGUGUGGUUGUGUGUGUGUGUGAGGUGUGUGUCUCAGAUAAAUGGGGAAUGACACAUGGCUGUUCACUUGAAUGUUUUUAUUUCAUAUGCAGUGUGUCUGUAUGUUAACCUGUUUCAUUGGUUGUGUGUGUGUGUGUGUGUGUGUGUCGUCUGUACAUUGAAUAAAGACGUUGAUGAGUUUUA